GGCGCCGCUGCGGCGGCCGCGAUGGGCCUCCGGGGGCUGGCGGUGGCGCUGCUGGCGGCGGCGCUGACGCGCGAGUCCCUGCAAGGAGAAUUUCAAAGGAAGCUGUAUAAGGAGCUGCUGAAAAACUACAACCCUCUGGAGCGACCGGUCGCAAAUGAUUCCCAACCACUCACUGUCUACUUCACUCUCAGCCUCAUGCAGAUCAUGGAUGUGGAUGAAAAGAAUCAAGUACUAACAACAAACAUCUGGCUACAAAUGUACUGGACAGAUCAUUAUUUACAGUGGAAUGUGUCUGAAUACCCUGGAGUGAAGAAUGUCCGUUUUCCUGAUGGCCUGAUAUGGAAGCCAGAUAUUCUCCUCUAUAACAGUGCUGAUGAAAGAUUUGAUGCUACAUUUCACACUAAUGUUUUAGUCAAUUCUUCAGGACAUUGCCAAUAUCUGCCACCAGGCAUAUUUAAAAGCUCAUGCUACAUAGAUGUGCGCUGGUUUCCAUUUGAUGUUCAGAAGUGUAACUUGAAGUUUGGAUCCUGGACCUAUGGAGGCUGGUCCUUGGACUUACAAAUGCAAGAAGCAGACAUAUCUGGCUAUAUUUCAAACGGAGAGUGGGAUUUAGUAGGAGUUCCUGGGAAGAGAACUGAGAGUUUUUAUGAAUGCUGUAAAGAACCUUACCCAGAUGUAACAUUCACAGUAACUAUGAGACGUAGGACUCUCUAUUAUGGACUCAAUCUUCUUAUUCCCUGUGUACUGAUAUCAGCACUUGCCUUACUAGUUUUUCUGCUUCCAGCAGACUCAGGAGAAAAGAUCUCAUUAGGUAUAACAGUUUUAUUGUCUCUCACUGUCUUCAUGUUACUCGUGGCUGAAAUUAUGCCAGCAACAUCGGAUUCUGUGCCAUUAAUCGCUCAGUAUUUUGCCAGCACUAUGAUUAUUGUCGGUCUUUCUGUUGUUGUCACUGUUAUUGUUCUGCAAUAUCACCAUCAUGAUCCAGAUGGGGGGAAAAUGCCUAAAUGGACAAGGAUCAUUCUUCUGAACUGGUGUGCUUGGUUUCUGAGGAUGAAAAGACCAGGGGAGGAUAAAGUGCGUCCUGCCUGCCAACAUAAACAGCGUAGAUGUAGCCUGUCAAGUGUGGAGAUGAACACCGUGAGUGGACAGCAAUCCAGCAAUGGGAAUAUGCUCUACAUUGGGUUUAGGGGGCUGGAAGGGGUUCACUGCACACCUACCACUGAUUCAGGGGUGAUCUGUGGGAGAAUGACCUGCUCACCAACAGAAGAAGAAAACCUCUUGCACAGUGGCCACCCUUCUGAUGGUGACCCAGAUUUGGCUAAGAUCCUGGAAGAGGUCCGCUACAUCGCAAACCGAUUCAGAGACCAGGAUGAAGAGGAAGCCAUUUGCAACGAAUGGAAGUUUGCAGCCUCUGUAGUAGAUCGACUCUGCUUGAUGGCUUUUUCAGUCUUCACAAUCAUUUGUACAAUUGGUAUUUUAAUGUCAGCACCAAACUUUGUAGAAGCUGUGUCUAAAGAUUUUGCUUAACUCCUAAGUACAACAUGAUUCUCUGAGGUAUGAUA